CUCCCGUGCCGAGCGUCCGGGAGAGAGACCCAGCUGCAGGCAGAGGAGAUCUCCCUGACGCUGGGGGCUGCCAUCCAAGCCACGGAGAGGAAAGUGGACGCUCAUGCCAUCCGGCUGUUGAAUCUGGAAGGGAGAAUGGGGACGGCCGAGAAAAAGCUGAUAGGGUGUGAGAGGACCGUGGUGGAGUUUGGGAACCAGCUGGAGAGCAAAUGGGCCGUGCUGGGGACGUUGAUCCAGGAGAAUCAUCUGCUGCAGCGGCGCCUGGAGAACAUGGAGAACCUGCUGAAGAACAGGAACUUCUGGAUCCUGAGGCUGCCCCCGGGCACUAAGGGUGAGGUGCCCCAGGUGCCGGUGACGUUCGACGACGUCUCCGUGUAUUUCAACGAGCAGGAGUGGGGGCGCUUAGAGGAGUGGCAGAAGGAGCUGUACAAGAACGUGAUGAAGGGGAAUUACGAGACCCUGCUCUCGCUGGAUUACGCCCUAUCCAAGCCUGACCUCUUAGCCCGCAUUGAACAGGGGGAGGAGCCGUGUGUCCCGGAUCGGCAG